UUGUGCUCGAACUUUAAUGCAAUUUCAAGCAAACGAUGAAAAUGAAAACCGUCUACAUAUUAGUCCUGUGCGCUUUGCUUCUGGCUAACUCUGCCUAUACUGCUGAUGAGUACUGCGAUCCGGACAGCGAUGGCAAGCCUAUUUGUCAGUCCAUUUCAAACGGUCAAACAUAUCGCAACUUCUGGGACCCCACAAGGUAUUGGGUGUGCGAUGGAAGUGGUGAACCGAUUUCCAAACGCUGUCCCAGCGGUACUGCUUUUAGUGGUGAAACUAAUAAAUGUGUGCCAUGGAUCGAUUGGGUGUGGGUGCCGCCAUGUCCUGAAGUUAAUUAA